AUGCCUAUUUCCAAGCACGAAGAGAAAAUGGUUGACUUGCGAGUGCAGAUGCAGCAGAACCAGGUUGAACUGCGAGAUUAUCUGGCAGAUCUCGACAGCUGGGAGUCUGACAUCAAAGAAAAAGAGGAGCAGCUGAGGACUGGUAAAACUGCUCAGAUCGAGGAGUUACCUCCAGUUCGCAACACUAUCCAGAAAAAGAAAAUGAAAAAGAAGAAGAAAGAACUAAAAGAUGCGGAAUCAAACAAGCCUAGAAGGAUUAGUGGUUUUGACUUUAAAGCUUGGGACAAGUUUGAUGUGGAUAAAGCUUUAGAAGAAAUUGACAAGAAGGAGAAGGAAGACAAGACCUCAUCCUCAGAGUAUGAAACAGAUGAGGAAUGGGAGAUGGAGCGAAAGAAACAUUUGGCAAAUGUGGAAAAGGACCUGGGAAAUGAAUUUCUGAAGAAGGGUGAAUAUGACAAAGCUAUCGAGGCGUACACCAAAGGAAUGGCGUUUGAUGCUACUAAUGCAGUGCUUCCUGCAAAUCGGGCCAUGGCACUUCUUAAACAGCAAAAAUUUGCAGCUGCUGAGCUGGACUGUACAGUGUCAAUUUCUUUAGACCCACUUUAUGUGAAGGCAUACCUUCGACGAGCAUCUGCCAGGGCAAGUCUGGGGAAGUUUGACCAGGCUAUGUCAGACUACAGCCAUGUGUUAGGCUUGGAGCCUAGCAAUAAGCAGGCUAAGUCAGAAGUUGAGAGACUGCAGAAGGAAAUCAAAAGGGAGAAAGAAGUCCCUGUCUUAUCGACAUUGACAGAGCAAGGGAAAGGAAUUGUCAAACCAGUUUAUAAACAACCAGAAGAAAGGUCAAAGGCACCUUUAAAGAGGAUUCACAUUGAAGAGAUUGGUAUAGAAUCCACCGGCCAGCAGUAUCAUCCAGACCUGGCAUAUGGUGCCACAGCCAAGAAAGUUUCUGUUCAAGAGCAAGAGAACUUUGAAAAGCUGGUAUCACAAAAUGCCCCUCAGCAGGCACCACACAGUUCUUCCAUUGCAGUUGAGAGUAAUUUGAUGCCUACUUUUGCAAAUGAAAGAAUCCAGCCUGUGAAUGUGGAACCUAGAGAUUUGAGGAGCCAAGACCAACAAGAUAUUAGUCUGCCUUCUGUUGAAACAAGGACUGAGCAUCAAGAAGUCCUUACAUCCACCAUUCCUUCAAAUGUUUUAAAAGCUCAGAAAAGACCCUCAUGGAAUGCUGCUUCCAAUCCAGAUAGUCAUCAGUCUCCAGAUUCAGGAUCUGGUAAUAAUCAGAGGAAGGCACCAUCAAGGAUUGAGACUGAAAGAAACGGCACUAGCCUACCAAGUGAGGGUAUCAGCAUUCCACAGACAUCCUUCCAGUUUCAGACAGACUUUCGGCUGUUGAAAAAUAAACCUGAAGCAUUCUUCGAGUAUUUCCAGGCUAUUCCUCCAUCACACUAUACCAAACUGUUUGGUCACAGCCUAGAUGCAGACAUGCUAAUGGCUGUUUUAAAAUCACUGGCUGCAAAUUUGUCCAGCCAGGAUUUGUAUGAAAUACUGACCCAGCUUUCCAUGGUCAAGAGGUUUUCCAUGACCACCAUGUUUUUGUCCCAGAGUGAUAAGCAAGUGGUGCGCAGUUUGAUGGAGCAUUUAUCGAAAAGUGGUUCUCGACCUCAAAACGAUAUUUUGUCGUUAAGCCGGAAAUAUGAACUUUGA